CAUACACAAUUCUCUUGCAAUAUCUUGUUCCUAUAUGAUUUACUAGUAAUCAUGCGGCCGAUGCCUGAGAGGUAAUCGACAAGUUCAGCUAAUAAUCCGAGUACGUUCUUGCGUUAACGGGACCUUCUGCAUAUUAGGAGCGCAUCGUAUCCGUGCGUCGUGGUGUCAAUAUCAUCUUCCCUGUGCUACAACAACAAAACCUACCGUGCGACAUGGCUCUUUGGACCGGGUUCCCCGCAGGCAUUGGCCUGCCCAAGGAACUAGUACCUGGACAGGACCUUGUCCGGAAGCCGCUCAAAUGCCAGGCCAGGAGCCAGGACUUUGAAAGAAAGCUAUCAUGCCGAUUCACCCUCCCAGACACUGUUCUAAGCAACGCUCCAGAGGGAGUUCAGGCAGACUCUAUCUUGUUCAAAAUGCCACAUGAGAUACUCCUCGCCGUAUUCGACAGCCUUGCCCAUGCACCAUCGCAAAUCUCGCUAGCGUUGACUUGCAAAAGGAUGGCGACUGCCGCUCGAGACGUCCAGCUGGGCCUCUCACUUACCUCUCCCAAGUACGCUGGAUUCCUGCCACGCAGUGUUUUCGACGUGCCGGAUCUGAUGACUCAACUCAAACCGUGGAUGCCAGCGAAUCUGCGCCUGUGUAACCACUGUCUGACCAAUCGGCCUCGCGCUGAGGAGUAUUGGAAUACUAUCGUUGGUUGUGAGAUCAGCACUUUCUGGGUUCAGAAGACCGGCUGGGAAUUUCACGACGCGAGCUGGCAUAAGCAAGUGCACGACAUCUGCCCGGCUUGUCAUGUCAAUUGCACCUUGAGCGACUAUGUUGACUGUGACGGCUGCAGGGCUCUGGGGAGACUGGGCGACAUCGAUUGGUCUCGAGUAUCAGACUCUUGGAGAAGGAGAACCGAGGAAGAACUUCGAGCUGGACGAUUUGCGACUUGAUCAAAUGAGAGGAGGUCGUAUUCCCAGACUUCAUCCUUCUUCCAAAUAUCGAAAGACGAGAUCGUCAGACCUGCCUCAGAAGCAUUGAGCGACUCAUCAUACUCUCCCGGAUCCCAAGGCGACCGAAGACAGUACAGCUAUCUUGUCGACCGACGAUGUUGCACCUGCUGCCCUCAACCUGUCCGUGAU